AUGGUCGCCGCUGCGUCAUCGUCAGGUGCUACGGACGCGCUUGACUUGAUCCGAACCUCCAUCCGAAAUGCAGCCAAUCAGUCGGACCCUCUCGCAUCCAUCCAGCUCUUUGACGACCAAUCCACACCAGUCACCUCCAUACUACAAGCAUCCACACUCAGAAUUGGCGAUGUAUCGCUCGGCAAAACCGCUACCACGCGUCUAGCGCGCUCGCGAGACGAACUAGCAGCUCGGCUUUCUUCUGGCAACCCUCCCCACCCCGACACGGAGCCCUCGUUCUUCUACGACUGCGAGGCGGUCAUUCUCGCACUUCAGGCACGCGAUGAACGUCCAGGUGCCUACCUUGCACAAGCAGCCACGGCUAAAGUGGCCUCGUUCCCGACGCUCGACCGAGCGGCGAUUCUCGAUUACCUGCUCGGCAAACGUGAUGAUUGGGCUGGUGUAUUGAAGCUCUCCGAUCUUUCUGCAGCAGCAUCAGUGGCGACCGGCACCUCGACACUUGCUUCCGCCAGCGCCCAGGCCCCUAUAACUGCGGACGCGCAAGGCAUCAAGCGGCCGUACAAGGUGAAUGCGCAAGAUGUCGAGUACGUCAAGCGUGUCAAAGCGCAGUACGAAGUGGUAUUGCGGACGAGGAACGAUGCGCUUCGCGGCAAUAUUGCGGGAUUGACAGGAGGUGCGGCUGUCUCGCGCGUUGCUGGAUCUAAAGUGGCCGACUUCGAGAGCUUCCGCCGUGCGUUUUCGGCCAAAGUGGAAGCGGCGAGGAGAUUGGCGGGCAAAGGGGCACCGCCAGGCAGCGCUCAGCAAGCGGCUCGUUCGGGGGUUUCGGCAAGUGGACAGGUGCGCAAGCAGCGUGCGCAGGAUCCGAUCGUGGUGCUCUCGAGCUCGCCGACGAGCUUACUCAACAUGUUCAACAUCAAGCAGUUUUUGGAAGAGGGCAUCUUUGUGCCGCCGGAAGAGGCGCGUCAGAGGGCUCGUGGCGUAGCGGACCUUGUCGUCUCGAUCACCAGCCGCGGAGGCACGGCGACACAAGGCGGCUCGACGGGUGUCGGCAUCGGACGCCGUAUCUUGGUCGUGGAUAGCGCAGAGGCUGUGACGCGUCUGGGUGGAUCGAGUGCAUCUGCGCCCGGCGCAGACCCGUGGAGCCGUGUGAUUGCUGUCUUCACCACCGGCCAGGCGUGGCAGUUCAAGACGUACAGAUGGAGCGAGCCGAGGGAGCUGUUCAAGAAUGUCAUGGGUGUCUAUGUGCGCUGGCACAACGACCCCCAGAACCCCAACAUUCGCGACUGGAACGUCGUCGAGGUCCAGGUGGAUCGUACCAAGAGGCAUACCGACAAGCAGGCUGUGAGCCACUUCUGGCGUCAACUCGAGUCGUGGACGCAGCGACGCAAACCGCAUCUGAUUGCUUAG